AUGAUGCAUAUUCACAGUGAACAUCAGUUAUUUCACGACGAUGAGUUAGAUACUUCGCUUCUGGAAAGCGUUUUAGUAUACGAGAUUGCCACUAUCGCAAUUUUCACAUUUCUCACAACCACAUUAUCGAUUUUAUUGUAUUUUCACUUUUUUUGCAAACUUUCUGAUGGCGAGGAAAUGGUGCUCCAGGAGCUGGCGAAUCGAAAUUCUUCGAAAACUUGGAGCGAAAUGAAAAUUACCACAUUCCAUUUUGAAACUUACGAGGACGAGUUCAUUGGAUCGCUGAAUCUGGACAUUGAUUCUCAGGGUUUAAUGACGAAUGCUCCAAUCGUUGAUUCACCAAGUGCAAUCACCCCAAAUGAAGUUCGUGCUUAG